AUGGAACAAACUGAUGCAGCCUCGGGCGCAGACAUGAUGAAGGGAUCUGACGUGGAGUUGACAGGUGAAUUCCCGCAGAUGAAGCAACUCCAGAACUGCACACGUGAAGUCGAAAAGGAAGAACCCAUGGCCGAAGAUUGCGCAGCAGAAGAAUCUGUGCAGACAAAAGGCGACUUUAUCCAAAGUACAACAGAUAAUUUUGCAAGGACAAAGACAGAGGAAAUAGCGGGUGACGCUGCCUCUGAUGACAACUUUGAUAGUAUUACAUGUUCAACAGAGGAGAAAAAGACGGCUCUUUUAAAUGAAGGCUCUUUGGUGGCCUCCGGUGAUACUGUUGAAAGCCCCGCCUCUAUUGACAAAGACAAUGAUUCUCCGAACGGCAAUGAGGAGUUAUCCGUCAGCAAGGAGCCCUCGCCGCUCCGCCGCGAUGGAUUAUCCCAGAGUCCAUCAUCCCCGUCAACGCACAGCACUUGCAAAAACUCACCCCCCGACUCCGCGACCACCACUUCCGGCAUCUCGAACGGCCCCUCCUCGCCGACGUCGGACACCGUCAGCUCCUCGCUCGCCUCCAGCCCCCAAAGCGGCGCCGACAUGUCGGCGCCCUCCGAUUCCACGUCCAGCCCGUACGACACAGAAUGCAGCCGGAAGCUGAUCUCUCAGAUCCAGCGGUCCCUGUCGCAGGAGUCGCUGCUGGACGAGCUGGAGUCGGAGCUGAUGGCGUGUCAGCUUCCCGAAGUCGAACGAGAAGGCGGGAUGAAGGGAAGCCCACCUGUCAAUGGACUGCCCUCGGAGCAGGAGGACUGCAUGUUGGUUUUUGAGAAGUGUGUCCAGUACAAGCAUGCACAGCAGGAAAAGUCCAUCCAGAGGUUGCUGGAAGAAAACAAGAGACACCAGGAUCUAAUCCUGGGCAUUUGUUCCGAGAAGGACAACAUGAAGGAGGAGCUGAAAAAGAGAGCAGAGACGGAGAAGCAGCACGUGGGCACCAUCGGGAAAUUGGAGGGCAUAGUCAAGGAGCUGCAAAGGGAGCUGAAGGAGACUCGGGACAAACUCAUCCAACAAGAGCAGGCUGCAAAGGCUGGCAUGAUACAAACGCAGAAGGAGAUGACCUACCGCCUGGAACAGGUGAACAGAAAGUGCGAGGAAGCGCGCCAAGAGAAGGAGACCAUGGUGAUGAAAUAUGUGCGCGGAGAGAAGGAGGCCCUGGACCUGAGACGGGACAAGGAGAGUCUGGAGAAGAGGCUGCGCGAGGCCACGAAGGAAGUGGACCGGCAGGCCCUGCGAGGCAACCAACUAGCUCAGGAAAGAGGCCGCCUGCAGCAGCUGUGUGACGCCAAGGAAGGCGAGGUCAGCAGGCUGACUCGAGAGGUGGACAAGUUGAAGGAGGAAAACAACUCUCACCUUAUCAAGGUCAAAUGGGCCCAGAACAAACUCAAGAGUGAGGCCGAUGCCCACAAGGAGUCUAAAGACAAGCUGCGAGACGUCACAUCAAAACUGACACAAGCCAAAGAGGAGACGGAGCAGAUCCGCAAGAACUGUCAGGACAUGAUCAGAACAUACCAGGAAUCUGAAGAGAUCAAAUCCAAUGAGCUGGAUGCAAAACUGAGGGAGACCAAAGGAGAACUGGCAAAACACAAGCAGGAACAAACGGACCAGUUAGAGGUGCAUCGCGUGAAAGCCAAAGAGCUGGAGGACCUGAAGAGGAGUUACAAAGAGAGCAUGGAUGAACUAGACACUCUUCGCACCAAGUUGAAGUGCCUGGAGGACGAGCGUCCGCGCUGGGAGGACGAGCUGAGCAAAUACCGGGAGAUCAUCAACAGGCAGAAAGCCGAGAUCGGGCGGCAGAGAGACGAGCUGAACAAGAUGUCCGCGCUCCAGGACCAGCAUCAGCGGGACCAACAGGAGCUCACGUCCCGCUGCGACGAGAUCGACUCGUUGAACAGCCAGAUGGCCGACCUCCAGCGCGACGUGCGGGGAAGCAGGGAGCGCGAGGCCGAGCUGCUGGGCUUCACCGAGAAGCUCAGCAGCAAAAACGCGCAGCUGCAGUCGGAGAGCAACGCCCUGCAGUCCCAGCUGGAUCAGCUCGGCGGCAGGUUCGCCGAGCUGCAGGCCAAGCUGGAGGAGACCAACAGCGAGCUGGACGACAAGUCACGACGGCUCAAGCAGGAGGAGGUGCUGAGGCAGCAGGAAGUGCGCGGCCUUCAGGAGGAGAGGACGGCGCUGCAGGGCGAACUGGGCCAACUCAAGACGCGGAUCGACGAGCUGAGAGACGAGCUGGUGACUCAGAAGAGGAAGCAGGCGGCCAACAUCAAGGACCUGACCAAACAACUGACACAAGCUCGGAAGCGGCUGGAACAGGCUGAGAACGGAGGCUGCGACCGCGACGGCGGAAGCAUGGGCAGCCGAUCGAGUUCCUCAGGUGCUUCAACUGGCUCCUUGAACGCACGCCACGGGAGCGGAGUGGAGGAGCGCUCGCCGGAGAGCCACUCGGGUCCCUCGGUGGUGGUCGCGGACAGCUUCCCGGAGGUGGACAAGGCCGUGCUGGUGGAGCGCAUCGUCCGUCUGCAGAAGGCGCUGGCCCGAAAGCAGGAGAAAAUUGAGUUCAUGGAGGAUCACAUCAAGCAACUGGUGGAUGAGAUCCGGAAAAAAACCAAAAUCAUCCAGAGCUACGUGCUGAGGGAAGAGUCCGGGGCCCUCUCGUCAGAGGCGUCGGACUUCAACAAGGCCCACCUGAGCCGACGCGGGGGGAUCAUGGCGUCGCUGUACACGUCCCACCCGGCCGACAGCGGGCUGACGCUGGACUUGUCGCUGGAGAUCAACCGGAAGCUGCAGGCGGUGCUGGAGGACACCCUGUUGAAGAACAUCACUCUCAAGGAGAACCUUCAGACGUUGGGCGCAGAGAUCGAGAGGCUGAUAAAACAGCAGCGGGACCCCGUAGACGCAGCGAGGAGGAAGUAAGUCCAGGACCAGGGACCAUUUGAAGGACGGUCUGUUCAACCCGGAACACCUUUU